AUGGGGAGAAUACUGAACUUUGUUGAAAUCAUCCAGGUAGAGGACAGCCGCAAGAGGAGAGGCGUUCGUGAUGUUAGGAGGCCUAGGCCUCAAGAUCAGAGGAGUACAACACGUAGAGGAGGCAGACCUGAACCCAAGAGGGGCAAUGGAGGUGAGUUGCAGCGUCCUAAGAAGAACUGUGCUAAAUGUGGCGAAGCUCAUAGUGGAGAGUGCAAACAGGGCACUAAUGCCUGCUUCGGUUGUGGUGAGAUUGGACACAUGGUCAGAAACUGUCUACAUAACAGAGGUCAGGUUGGAGGUAAUGCUCAGUCUAGGCCUAACCCACAGAGUGCAGCAGCGCCGAGCCUCCCAAGAGGAACAGAUUCUAUGCCCUGA